AUGUUCAGUCUCGAAAGCCGAAAAUUACUCCCUUCAAUGCGCCUGCUCUGUCCCUCAGAAGACAUGAUCUACGAGACGCCAGAGGAAAUUCUUCGUGGGAUCCUCUCAGACUUCCAUGGCUCGGCAGAAGAGUUCCUCUUCUUCCAGCGACAGUUCUGUCCUACCUUCUAUGAUAUGCCCCAGUGGAUCCGAAUCGCAGUAGCAGCCCGCACAACAUCGGGUAUCUGGGAUGCGAACCAUAUGCCUGAGCUAGUUCGAACUAUCCUCGGCAACAAGCCAUGGAAUUCAAAAGACUUACAGUCAGAGACAUCUUGGCGGUGGUGGACGCAGAUGACUUUGGUGCAUUGUAUUGCGAUGAGAAUUGGCGGAAGUCGAGCUGCACUGGAAAAGCUUCAAAGAUCAAAGGGGCGAGACCGAAAAUCCACGCUCAAAGGCGAAAAGAAUAGUAAAUCUGAGCUCGGGAAGGAAUAUAAAGAAGCAAUAAAGCACUACGAGUCCUGGAACGCUUUGUUCUGCGAUUUUUUACGUGAAGGUGCAGAGCCUCACCAUGUUGUCGGCGGUAUGACACCGUUCCUCACGUUUUUGGGAGGAUUCAUCUACUGGUGGGACUUUAAUGACUGUGUCAUGGGAGGAUGGGACGAUGCAAUUCAGGCUUGGAUUAAAGAUCUACAAGCUGAGGGUAUCGAUCUACAGAAUUUUGGAAAAAUGGAAGAGCAAGUUUGGAAGAAAGGGCUUGCUGAACGCGAUGUGUUUUGGAGAAGGAAUUGGGGAUGGCAGCGGGUUAUAGGGUUUUCUCAUGGUCCAAAUUCCGAAAACUGGUCCCUAUGGCUGUCAGAACGAUCUGACUGUUACUCGAGGGAAUUCUGGGAGAUUGUAGAACAGCCAGUGACGGUGAUUCCAGGAGCUUGGCCGGAAAGUUAA